AUGAGGGCCGAAAGGCGCCGCAGUGCCAACCAACCGCGCUCUCAUCUACCUGCCCCAUCAACAAGCCCUCCGCUUUCUGAGAGACCCGAGCGACCCGUCAAUAGCCCCCAGGUUUCUCACAGCCCGAGCAGUUACCGAGAUGGCGACCCUGAAUCUCGUCCCUGGCCGCAUAGAUAUGCGCAAGUAUCAGCAGUCGAGCUGACAGAUGAGCUUUUUCGAAUGCAUAACACGGCAUCUAUGGUAUCACCGACAGAAACCAACAAUACCUCCGCUCUCCCUGGGGGUGGAUCUCGCCCUACUCGAGGUCCUGAUGGCCAAGUAAAUGAGAGAGGCACUCCUCUUACUUCCCACUUCAACGGAUUGGUUCUUCCUUCCCGGCAAAUAUGUGACUUCCUGCUGCAAUCAUAUUGGAAAUCAGUGCACUGGUUUAUGAUGAUUUUUCAUCGAUCGUCUUUGGAAAAGCAGUACGAGGAUAUUAUAGGCAAACAAAUAGUCACACCUCGACAAAAUGGUGUGGCAGUGCUGCUUUUGAUGGUACUUGCCCUAGGUGCAAGGUAUACUUCGGAAGAACAGGGAUCACAGAUUGGCCUCACUGAGCAAGAAAGAUCCCUAUUGCAAGGUAAUAUGAUGACCCAGGUUCGAGCGCACUUCUUUGAGAUUCUGGACGCAGGAGGGUUAGAGUGUGUUCAAUGUUGCAUCUUGUUGAGCACAUUUGACCUUUACAAUGGCAACCCCAAUAUGGCGUUGCCCGUUCUUGGCGCAGGAAUUGGCAGCGCGCAGGCGCAAGGCUUACACAAAGAGUCCCUGUGGGGCCCUGCACCGGAGGGUGUUCUUGAAGUCCGCAAGCGAACUUGGUGGGCGUUAUAUGUGCUCGACAGGUUCGCAUCAAUAACUUAUGGACGACCGUCAUCUAUAGUUGACGCUCAUUGCUCAGUUAGCAUGCCACGAGAUAUGGACGAUACACAAGCCGUUCAUCCGUUGUUGAACUCAUUGGAGUACUCGGCUACAACUCACCCAGCACGCGUGACAUUGGGCACAUAUCAGCGCUACAAAUUUGAGCUGUACACCAUUGCCUCUUCGAUAAUUGGCAGCAUAUAUAACCUUGACUCCCCAAAAUCAGGAGAUGUGAGACACCAAGCUGCAGUUAUCAACACCAAGCUGGUAGAUUGGUUUGAAAGGCUCCCAGCGGAGCUGAAGCUGAAGAACAAUUCUGAAGUGCACACGAACGACCUAUCGAGUACCGAGCUUGAUGUCUACCGACUUUUCGAGUUACAGGCUUUAGUACUCCAGUUAGCGUAUGAUAAUGUUCAAAUCAUCCUGCAUCGUCCUUUCCUGCGAUACACUGGUCAGUUAAUCAUGGGGCCCAACCCUCGCAGCCCAGAGAAUAGACCGACUAGUUUUGAUCAAUGCAAACAUUGCGCUCGCCGCACGUGCGGCAUCUUGCCACGAUAUGCACCAGUUCUCCUUGCCGCCAAAAAUACUCACGCAGUAGCAUACAUUGCAAUGCAAAAUUUCACUGCUGGGGUGACUCUUGGUAUGGUGGCAUUGUCAGAUCCAGGUUCUGCACAAUCGCAAGAUGCAAAGAAAGGGGUUGCAAAUUCCAUCUCGCUACAGAAAAGUCUUGCUCAGUCAUCUAUCGUUCCAUCACAGACAGUAAAAGUUCUCGAAGGACUUUUCCAUCUUAUCUUUCAGCGAGAAAUGCGAGCAUUUCUAGACGGCCCGCCGUUUGAUAUGACCCCUGUGUACAGCCUCAACCCCGAAAGGGACUUGGCACCCAGCAUCGCACAAGAGGGUCACGUCUCUGAUGGAGUGGGCCGUCUGGAGAAUGAGAGAUUUAACUCGGCGCAGUUGUCUCAAGGUCGGGAUAAUACAGGUUAUCCUCCGCAAUAUCCGAACGCUGGAGGUAGACUCCAAGUCGCCUCUGAAAUCGAGACAACAACAGACCCGGACUUUGGUGCCUACCCGGCUUCUCUAUUGCCUCUCUAUGCUGGUGUCGAUCAAGCGCUUGACUCGGUGCAACAGGUUCUUUGGGAGUGUUCGGAUCCUAUGACACAUGUAGGCAACUAUAGGCCGACGGAUGACGGAAUCUGGGGAGACCGAAGACCCUCAGCUGAAAAUUUACAGCGUUCCAAUAACGAGGCGCCUUUCACCUCGCAGAUCCCGUCAGUCGACCCUUUUCCCGAGAGGUUAAAUGAUCUGAACUUAUCACUCCCCGGCCAGAGCUGGGUGUGGAAUUGGACCAAUAUGCCCUGA